UCGGCCGUGUUCGGGUUAUUCCGUGAAAAAGGCUCUCCUCCAUUUUGCAUAGUAACGUGUGUGUGUGUUGAAGGCUUCUCUGCUCCUGCCAUCAGAAUCACGCCGUGGAGAACGCUUUCCCUGCAAUGGACGGCAUUGCAAGCGAUGUUGCAGUUGGUGUGAAGAGAAGCUCAGAUGAAUUGCUGUCUGGCAGUCUCUACAACAGUCCGAACUCUUCAGUCACUGCUAAUGGAAAUGACAGUAAGAAACUGAGGGUGGAGGACAGCAUGGACAGUCCGCCGUCUCGAGUCAUUCAUAUCCGGAAACUCCCAAAUGAGGUUUCCGAGACUGAGGUCAUUGCCCUGGGUUUGCCUUUUGGAAAGGUCACCAAUAUUCUGAUGCUUAAAGGCAAAAACCAGGCAUUUUUGGAGCUUGGAACAGAGGAAGCAGCUGUUACCAUGGUGAACUACUACACAGCUGUUACACCACAAGUGCGUAAUGUCCCAGUGUUCAUUCAGUACUCCAACCACAAAGAACUCAAGACUGACAGUGCUCUCAACCAGCGGGCUCAGGCCGUGCUGCAGGCAGUGUCAGCAGUCCAGGAGGGUGGCUCUCCAAGCUCAGACACGGCGGGCGAGAGUGUGUUAACGCCCGCACCCAGUCCAGUGCUGCGAAUAAUCAUCGACAACAUGUUCUACCCAGUCACCCUGGAUGUCCUCCAGCAGAUCUUCUCCAAGUUUGGGACAGUCAUGAAGAUAAUCACAUUUACCAAAAAUAAUCAGUUCCAGGCUCUUCUGCAGUUCAGUGAUCCAGUGAAUGCCCAGCAGGCCAAACUGUCCUUGGAUGGCCAGAACAUAUACAAUUCCUGCUGCACUUUGCGCAUUGACUUCUCCAAGCUGGUCAACCUGAACGUAAAGUACAACAACGACAAAAGUCGGGAUUACACCCGCCCCGAGCUUCCUGCAGGAGACGGCCAGCCACCUGUGGACCCAUCUGUGGCCGCAGCUCUUAGCAAAGACUCCACCUCCUUGCUCGGUACCCCAGCUGGAAUGGUAACUUCCUACAGUAGUGGUGGAGGGUUUCCAUCUUCUCUAGGGGCCAUCAGCCCUCUGAGCGCGGCGGCAGCGGCGGCGGCAGCAGCCGGAAGGGUGGCGUUGUCGGGGCAUUCUGGACCUGGCGGUGUGCUACUGGUCAGCAAUCUCAACGAGGAGAUGGUUACGCCCCAAAGUCUGUUUACCCUCUUCGGUGUCUAUGGUGACGUGCAGCGCGUGAAGAUCCUUUACAAUAAGAAGGACAGUGCCCUCAUCCAGAUGUCCGAUGGAAACCAGGCCCAGUUAGCAAUGAGCCAUCUGAAUGGGCAGAAGAUGUACGGCAAGAUAAUUCGAGUGACCCUCUCCAAACACCAGACGGUACAGCUGCCCAGAGAGGGUUUAGAUGAUCAGGGUUUGACCAAAGACUUUACCAGUUCUCCUCUGCAUCGCUUCAAGAAACCUGGAUCUAAGAAUUUCCAAAACAUCUUCCCCCCCUCAGCUACGCUCCAUCUCUCUAACAUCCCUGAGAAUGUGACCGAGGACGAUUUACGACUGCUUUUCUCAAACUCUGGCGGAACAGUGAAAGCGUUCAAGUUUUUCCAGGAUCGCAAAAUGGCUCUGCUGCAAAUGGCCACAGUGGAAGAGGCAAUUCAGGCACUCAUCGACCUUCACAACUAUGAUAUGGGUCGUGGUCAUCGCCUGAGAGUGUCCUUCUCAAAGUCCACUAUCUGAAGAUCAUCCGGUGCUGUCUUUUCGUUCUUUCCCCCAGGAGCCUCAAUUUAAUUUGUUUUUACCAGUCAUUCCUUAAUGCCAUAUCAAAACACCAGUUAAACGGAACAUUCGCUCUGUAUUUGCUCCUAAUGUUUUCAUUUUGGCCAGCUGUUGUUCUGAAAAAGGCAGUAGAUUUAGGAAGGAUUGACAAAAAGCGUGCCUUACUUAGCAAAAUAGGGUCAUCUUUUUUGCUCCUGUUGUUAGAUAAUAGAAGUUGAGGCACAUUGUUUUGAAAGUAGUAUUAGUGAUAACUUGACCAAUGGCCAUUUUUAAAUCCAACCCAAGAGAUCUAGUUAGCUUGCUUUGAUUGAAAGGCAAAUGCUCAAUUAUUUAUGAUCUACAGAAUUGAGCUUGCAGACAAGUUACAGAUUGUGAUGGACUAUACUCCAAGUUGUACAUUUCCUUUGUAUAUUUUCGUUUUAUUUGGGGCCGUACUAGUGAGUUUGUUUGAUCUGGCACCCAAAGUACUUUCUGUGAUUGAAACUUGUGAUUAAACAAUGACAGUGGGGAACAUAGUGUGUAAUAUGUAGGACCUGCUUUGAUAUUUUUCCACUCACCUUUGCUUCAGUGAAUUUGUUGACCCAUUUUUUAAAUGGAGAUCAGAUUUUUAUCAAAGCAUGUGCUGAUGGAUCUGGGCAGUUGCAUGUGUCAGAUUGACCAUGUUUGACGUCGUGAUGUCACAUUAUUGUUGGGACUGUUGGGACCAAAGUAAAUGUGCCUUUAGUCUUACUUUAUUCUGCAUUGUACAAAACUGUUUUAGUCAACCAGGAAUAUUUUUAUGAAUUGAACAAAAUAAUCAGACAUCACUUAAAUGAUCUUUAAUUGUCUUUGUGCUCGUUUGAAGGAGAAUCCCUCACUUAUGACCUCUCCUCUCUGUAACACUUAUUUUUGCAAAAUUACUUUUUGUGAUUUAAGCCUGGGAACUAGAGGGGGUGGGGGGGCAUUCUGUACGUUUUCUACAUGAAUUGAGUUUUUACAUCUUUAGGAAUGUAAAGUUCCAUGGCAAAAUUAAAAGUUCAUUUUUCUACCAA